AGACGAGCAGUAUUUCGCCAUAACCAGCGCGAUAUCGAACCAAAAACCUCGAAAGAAUCGACUUCUACGCGUUUUUAAGUCUAAACAUACUUGCGAAUGCCCUCGGUAUAAGUUCUGUUCGCCUGGGGAUGCUGAGGGGUUAGUCAGGGUUCGCAGAUAUCAAGAUGCCUCCCUUUACGGCUGCGGAUACGAUCCGUAUCCUUAUUGCGACCGAUAGCCAUGUGGGAUAUGAGGAGAGAGAUCCAAUACGCAAGGAUGAUAGUUGGCGCAGCUUCGACGAAAUCAUGAAGCUAGCAAAGACACAGGAUGUCGAUAUGGUACUUCUUGCUGGCGACCUCUUCCAUGACAACAAACCCUCCCGAAAGGCUUUGUAUCAAGUUAUGCGGUCACUGCGAAUGAACUGCCUCGGAGAUAAACCUUGCGAACUCGAAAUGCUCAGCGAUGCCAGCGAGGUUUUGAACGGUACUCACGUCAACUAUGAAGAUCCGGAUAUCAAUGUGGCUAUACCGGUAUUUUCUAUUCACGGAAACCACGACGACCCAACUGGCGAUGGCCACUAUUGCUCGCUCGACCUUCUUCAAGUCUCAGGGCUGCUGAACUACAUCGGACGAAUUCCGGAGUCAGAUAAACUUGAGAUCAAGCCGGUUCUUUUGCAGAAGGGUCAGACGAAGCUAGCUCUAUAUGGCAUGAGCAAUGUCAGGGAUGAACGUCUCUUCAGAACAUUCAGAGAUGGUAAUGUCAAAUUUUACAAGCCUGGCGUACAGCAGAAAGACUGGUUCAACUUGAUGGCUGUUCAUCAGAAUCAUCACGCCUAUACUGAGACUGGAUAUCUUCCCGAAAACUUCCUUCCAGAGUUCAUGGAUCUUAUAGUCUGGGGCCACGAGCAUGAGUGUUUGAUUAACCCGCGCUUCAACCCCGAGAUGCAGUUCCAUGUUAUGCAACCUGGUUCUUCUGUCGCAACGUCCUUAGUUCCUGGAGAAGCUGUUCCCAAGCAUGUUGCUAUUGUCAGUGUUACUGGCAAGGAAUUUAAGACUGAACUCCAUCGAAUCAAGAGCGUUAGACCAUUUGUCACCAGGGAUAUAGUUCUGGCAGAAGAGCCGAGAUUUAAGAGACUUGCGAAGGUCAAAGACAACAGGCAGCAGAUUACCAUAGAGCUGAUUAAAGUAGUCGAUGAACUCAUUCUGGAGGCCACGAAGGAAUGGGAGGACAUUCAAGAUCCAGACGACCGUCCAGACGAGACGCCACUCCCUCUUGUCAGGCUACGAGUCGAAUAUUCCGCUCCAGAGGGUGGCAAGUUUGACUGCGAAAAUCCGCAACGCUUUUCCAACAGAUUCGUCGGUAGGGUUGCUAAUGUGAAUGAUGUGGUACAGUUUCACAGAAAGAAAACUGCAGUCAAUAAAAUUGCGAAGGAUAUGCCUGAAGAGGAUGUGCUAGCAUCCUUGAGGAUUGACAACAUCAAAGUCGACAAGCUUGUCCAAGAGUAUCUGACAGCUCAAUCUCUUAAGAUCCUUCCGAAAGCUCCUUUCGGUGAUGCCGUUACUCAGUUUGUCGAUAAAGAUGACAAACAUGCCAUGGAGUUAUUUGUGGAAGAGAGUCUCACAGUACAAGUUAAGGAAAUGCUUGCUAUGGAUGGUGGUGAUAGUGAUGAAGAUCUUGACCCUGUCAUGGAACGUUUGCGUCAAAAACAAGAAGAACAAUUCGCGGCUGGUAUUCGCAGGAGACCAAAGAGAAAAGGGAAGCUAAAGCCACGCCCUGCCAAUUGGGAUACAGAUAUUGAAGGCGAGUGGGAAGAUGCUCCAGGAGCGUAUGAGCUGAGCGAAGGGGAAGAUAGAACCGCAGUUGUAGGAAGCGACGAUGACGCCUCUGUGAUAUCUGCUGUACCCGCAGGCAGGAAGGCCCCCGCUAAGAGAGCCCCUGCGAAGAGAGCGCCGGCCAAACCUCGAGCUCCGGCAAAGCCCAAGGCACCGGCCAAAGCACCUGCAAAAGCUCCAGCAAGAGGACGAAAGAAGGUCUUAGAUCCCAGUGAUGAUGAAGCCGAUGUUGUUAUGCUGGACGACGAGCCACCGCCAGCGAAAUCACAACCAAAAAGAGCAACCAGAACGCGUCAGACCCAGCUAAACUUCUCGCAGCCAACUAAGAGUCAGACUGCCAUGGAGUUGAGUGAUGAUGAGAUAUCCGACGAUGAUGCGUUUGAGCCGAUGGCUUCGUCUUCAAGGAGGAGAUGAGUGAAAUGGCUACCAAAUGGGAAUGAAUACAUGAGUUGCAUGAAGACAAACGCUUGGGCACUUAGCCAUAUAAUGCCAGUGGAGCUGAGCCUAGCAAAUGUCAUCCGAGGUAUGAUAUGGAACAUUGGAGGCUAUAGAAGAGGCUUGACCAGACCAAGCCGCUCGGGAUUUAGCAUGGCAUAAACGUAUGAAACAAAUACAAGCCAAGUGCUUGAGCGCUUAGCUCAUAUACAGGUAUCAAAGCCCUUCCGCCAAGGAAUUUGAUCUCAAUUGCAUGCAAAAUAAAAUAGCUAUGCGGCUCUCUUAAAGAUAGUACCGGUUUGAAAGGCCUUUUGGUAGAUAAGGUACCUUAGCAAGACAACACCUCUUUCU